GAAACUCUUGAGCCUGAGAUCAGAAGUGCCUGUCAAGAUGGAAGUGAACCCCCCGAAACAGGAGCACCUGCUGGCGCUAAAAGUGAUGCGAUUGACUAAGCCGACUUUGUUCACCAAUAUUCCUGUAACAUGUGAAGAGAAGGACUUGCCUGGUGAUCUCUUUAACCAGCUAAUGAGAGAUGAUCCUUCAACUGUAAAUGGUGCAGAGAUUUUAAUGCUGGGAGAAAUGUUGACUUUACCUCAAAAUUUCGGGAAUAUAUUUUUGGGAGAGACCUUUUCCAGUUAUAUCAGUGUUCACAAUGACAGCAAUCAAGUUGUAAAAGACAUAUUGGUGAAGGCGGAUCUUCAGACAAGUUCUCAGCGUUUAAACCUUUCGGCCUCCAAUGCUGCUGUGGCUGAACUUAAACCUGAUUGUUGUAUUGAUGAUGUCAUACACCAUGAAGUAAAGGAAAUUGGGACACACAUCUUGGUGUGUGCUGUGAGCUAUACAACUCAGGGUGGAGAAAAAAUGUACUUUAGGAAAUUCUUCAAGUUUCAGGUUCUCAAACCACUGGAUGUGAAAACCAAAUUUUACAAUGCAGAGAGUGACCUCAGUUCUGUGACUGAUGAAGUCUUUCUUGAAGCCCAAAUCCAGAACAUUACAACCUCACCCAUGUUUAUGGAGAAAGUGUCACUGGAGCCGUCGAUAAUGUACAACGUAACAGAAUUGAAUUCCGUGACCCAAGCUGGGGAGUGUGUAUCUACAUUUGGAUCCAGAGGAUAUUUGCAGCCAAUGGAUACACGGCAGUACUUAUACUGCCUAAAGCCCAAGAAGGAGUUUGCAGAAAAAGCUGGCAUCAUUAAAGGAGUGACGGUCAUUGGAAAACUGGACAUAGUGUGGAAAACAAACCUAGGUGAAAGGGGAAGAUUACAGACCAGCCAGCUUCAAAGAAUGGCUCCAGGUUACGGAGAUGUUAGGCUAUCUUUAGAGGCCAUCCCAGAUACCGUGAACCUAGAAGAGCCUUUCCACAUUACCUGUAAAAUCACAAACUGCAGCAGUGAAAGGACGAUGGAUCUAGUCCUGGAAAUGUGCAACACCAGUUCCAUCCACUGGUGUGGGAUUUCAGGAAGACAGCUGGGGAAGCUGCACCCGAGCUCCUCACUCUGCCUGGCCCUCACUCUCCUGUCGUCAGUACAGGGGCUCCAAAGUGUCUCUGGCUUAAGACUCACUGACACAUUCUUAAAGAGAACCUACGAAUAUGAUGACAUUGCGCAAGUCUGUGUGGUCUCGUCAGCCGUGCAAGUGGAAGCCUGAAGAAAAUUCCCAAUGUUAAAUUUCUUGUUAAUCACAGAACUGCUCUCUGUAUUUUGUCAGCUUUGUGAAAUGAUCAGUAGUAAAAAUAAGUAUAUGUUAUUUAAAUUUGUUUUCUGUAAAACAGUUAAAUAUUAAAUAUUUGUUGCAAAAAACACUA